CCCGCCCGGAGCGCUCCUCCCUUCCCGCCUCCCUUCUCGGAGCGCCCUAAACACGGGAUCGGGCCUCCAGCUCCGCGGGUUCGGGGGGGCGGGGAGCAGGUCUGAUGAGUCACCCCUCCCCCCCCGGCCCCCGAGGACGAAGCCUCCACGUCUGUCUGUCGGCUCAAGAGUUCCAUGGCCUCUGCUUCCCGCCGGCAACGCCGAGAGCGCCGCUUCCGGCGGUACUUGUCGGCAGGGCGGCUAGUACGAGCCCAGGCUCUCCUCCAGCGACACCCGGGCCUCGAUGUGGAUGCCGGGCAGCCCCCUCCCCUGCACAGGGCCUGCGCCCGCCACGAUGCCCCAGCCCUGUGUCUGCUGCUGCGUCUCGGGGCUGACCCUGCCCACCAGGACCGCCACGGCGACACGGCGCUGCACGCUGCGGCCCGCCAGGGCCCCGAUGCUUACACGGACUUCUUCCUGCCUCUGCUGAGUCGAUGCCCCUCCGCCAUGGGGAUAAAGAAUAAGGAUGGGGAGACUCCUGGGCAGAUUCUGGGCUGGGGCCCCCCCUGGGAUUCUGCCGAAGAGGAAGAGGAUGAGGAGGUUUCCAAGGAGCGGGAAUGGCGGCAGAAGCUGCAGGGCGAGCUGGAAGAUGAGUGGCAAGAGGCCAUCGGGAGGUUUGAAGAUGAUGCUUUUCACGAGGUGCAGGAGCCCGAGUCCUUCUCAGCCUGGUCAGAUCGCCUGGCUCGGGAGCAUGCCCAGAAACGGCGGCAGCAUCUAGAGGCAGAGAGAUCCUGCAGACCCCAAAGGGCUGAGGGCUCCAGCCACAGCUGGCGUCAGCAAGAGGAGGAACAGCAGCUUUUCCGGGAGCGAGCCCAGGUCAAGGAGGAGGAACUGCGGGAGAGCCGAGCCAGGCGGGCUCAAGAAGCUCAAGGGGGCAGAGAGACAGAGCCUCUCCAGCCUGGGCCCGGGGCAGAGCACCCACGAGGGGCAGGGAGGGGCAGUCUCUGGCGCUUUGGUGACGUGCCCUGGCCCUGUCCUGGUGGAGGGGACCCAGAGGCCAUGGCUGCAGCGUUGGUGGCCAGGGGCCCCCCUCUGGAGGAACAAGGGGCUCUGAGGAGGUACUUGAGAGCCCAGCAGGUUCGAUGGCACCCUGACCGCUUCCUGCAGCGAUUCCGAAGCCAGAUUGAGACCUGGGAGCUGGGCCGCGUGAUGGGAGCGGUGACAGCCCUUUCUCAGGCCCUGAACCGCCACGCAGAAGCCCUCAAGUGACCCAGGGGAAUGGGCAAGAACCUGUGCGGGUGUAGCCUCAAGGAUGGGCAGGAAGAGGCGCAAGGUCAUGGAUGGGGAUGAACAGAGGCAGGCCCUGCGCGGAGAGGAUAUGGGGCAGG